AUGGCGAGCUCGAAUGCGUGCCAUCAGCGGGUGGAUACUGGGUUUACAAUGGCUUCCCAGUCUAUCCAACGAGCGAACAGGAUCGCAGUCAUCGGAGCAGAGAAAUGCCCCGCGUACCUUUUUGAGCACCAAUCAAUGUAUCGAUCAGUGCACAUCCUCGGUAUUGAAGAGACGGACUGCAUUGAAAAAGCUCGAUUCACAAGUUUAUUGGCGAGGCUUUUUUUUGUGAACAGGCAACGGUGCCUGCAGCUAGGGACGCAUAGGCAGGUGUCCCCAUUCGGCAUUCUCUCCAGCCUCUGUCGCUAUGAAAAAGACUCGCACCAACCCCGGUCAACACCAGCAAAGUCCGCCCCAUCGUGCGGCGUGCUCACACCCCCAUCCUCGUUAACAAGCCCUAUCCGUCCGGUAUCACCUUCAACCUUUGUGCGACAGGGUUAG